GAUGGAGAAGGGUUGGUAAAGGAGAGUGAACUUGGUACAGAGCCAGAAGUUGGUAUGGAGUUUGAAAGCAGAGAAGCGAUCUAUGAAUUUUACAAAGCAUAUGGGAAGCGUUUGGGAUUUCCUAUAAGAACUAGGAGCACAACAAAAGACAAAAGAGGAAGAGAGAUUGUGUCAGUUGUACUGGAGUGUUCGCGGGCUGGUCAUAGAGGUAGUCAGUCAAAAAAUCAAUUGAAGCCCCAACCUUCAAUGCAAAUAGGGUGUGGAGCUAGACUACGUGCGCACGUAAUUUAUUCGGGACUUUGGCAAAUUUCAAAAGUGUUUCUACAACAUUCACAUCCUAUGAGUCCAACAAAGGCUAGACUAUUUCGGUGCCAUAGGAGGAUGACGCAUGGAAUGGCGAGGAAACUUGCAAUAAAUGAAGUUGCGGGAAUACGACUUAAUAAAAGCUUCACCGCGGCCGUUGUUGAAGCCGGCGGAUAUGAUCAACUUCCCUUCAUUGAAAAAGAUUGUAGGAACUAUAUAGAUAAAGUGAGACAACUUAGGCUAGGUAGUGGCGAUGCAAUUGCCAUUCAAGGUUUCUUUGCUAAAAUGCAAGACCAAUGUCCCGGAUUUUUCUUUGUAAUUGACUUAGAUGAGGAGUCAAGAUUGCGUAAUGUAUUUUGGGCCGAUAAUAGGUCUAGAUAUGCGUACAAAGAAUUUGGAGAUGUCAUAACAUUUGACACAACCUAUCUUACGAAUAGGUAUGACAUGCCUUUUGCACCAUUUGUCGGGGUAAAUCAUCACGGGCAAUCAUUGCUAAUGGGAUGUGGAUUAGUCUCUAACGAAGAUACACAAACCUUUGUGUGGUUGUUUAAAGCAUGGCUUGAAUGUAUGGAUGGAAUUGCUCCAAUGGGGAUUAUUACCGACCAAGACCGUGCUAUGCAAAACGCCAUUGCAAUUGUAUUCCCAAAUUCCAACCACCGAUGGUGUUUAUGGCACAUAAUGAAAAAGGUACCCGAAAAACUCGGAGGGGAUGCACAUAAAGAUGAAAUAUUGGAUGUUAUACAUGACUGCAUUUAUGAUUCACAAUACACCCAAGAGUUUGAGGAGAAAUGGCUUGACAUGGUUCAAAGGUAUGAAUUUGUAAUUUUUUAUCUUCUUCUGCCAGUAACUAUUUCUCUGCCUCAUAGACAGGUCUAUCUGUCAUAGACGAUAAAGUUUGUACGUCACAGACACAAUGUGUUUGUGGGCAGAGAAUAAGUUCUUUGUGAUUUUUUUUACAAACUUACUUUGUGCGCUUUAAAUGUGUUCAGGUUUGCACUUCAAGAGCAUGAUUGGCUUCGUGUGAUGUACAAUGAAAGAAAGCGGUGGGUACCAUGUUAUUUAAAGCCAACAUUUUGGGCCGGCAUGUCCACAACUCAACGAAGUGAGAGCAUCAACGCAUUUUUCGAUAAGUUUGUCAAUUCCAAAACCACUCUAAAACAAUUUGUUGAACAAUACGGAUGUGCUUUGCGUGAUAAGGUGGAAAAAGAAUUUCAAGCGGAUACUAGCUCAUUUACCAAAAUGAUUCCAUGUGUGACUAGAUAUCCAAUGGAAAAACAAGUGCAACAAAUUUACACCAUUUCUAAGUUCGCGGAGUUUCAAAGGGAAUUACUUGAAGGAAAGCUUUAUUGUGAUAUCAUUUUAUGUGAAGACGGUAGAAAAUAUACCGUGCAAGAGCAUAUGGAUAUUAAUGGAUUUAGGAAGAUUGUGAACUUCCAUAUUGACUUUGACCCAAUUACUUGUGUUGGAAUAUGUAGUUGUCAUUUGUUUGAGUUUAGGGGCAUGAUAUGUAGACACUUGCUUGUGAUCUUUGUUCGGCUUGAUAUACAUGACUUGCCCGAGGUGUACCUAAUGAGUAGAUGGAGGAAAGACAUGAAAAGGGCGUACCAACGAGUGAAAAUAAAUUAUGACGGGUGGAUUACAACGGUUGAACAACAACGUUUUGACAAGUUAUGUAAGACCUUUGAGUCUCUUGCCAACAUGGUUGCGGAUGAUGAGGCGAAAUACAGUGAAGUCCUCCUUUGGUUGGAAACCCAGUUGACCACAUAUACUCCUCCACUUAGCCAUUCUUGUAUUGUUGGCAACAUGACGCCACUUGAAGAGCCAAUAACAAAUAUUCGUGCCGAGGUCCCACUUCCACCUAUUGGAGAUCCGAAAAGUACGAAGCGCAAGGGAGCCCCAAAGAAAAACCGGGCCAAGGGUCCAUUAGAAAAGGGGAAGAAGAAAGGAAGGGUUAACAAGGAUAAUGCACGAGCCACAACCACAAGAAACCAACUUGGUAAUGGUGAAGGCCCUAGUAAUGCUGGAGCUAUUGUGCCAAUGUUGUACUCUACUGGUUUAGAUUUAAAUUUAUGUUUGAUGUGAAUACAUGUACUAUGAUGUAUUGGUUUUUGUUAUAUCAUCAAUCAAUGUUUUGAGUCACAAACAAUAUUAUGUCCUCAUAGUCAGAUCGGUGUUCAGCCACAAACAAGGAAGUCGACUCAUAGACACAAUAAUAACAC